AGCCGAAAGGUGAAUGUGCAAGGAAGCAGCUGUGCAGAGGUGUGUGUGCAGGCAGAGUGUCAGCAGCAGCAGCAGCAGCAGGCACAGACAGUGGGGCUUUGCUAAGGCACAGGAGUUUGCUUCCUUCAGAAGUAAAUAAAAACAAGCCAGCAGCAGGGGCUGGAUGUUCUGGAAAGGAUCCCUGGACUUCUGAUGCAUGGAGAGUAGGGACUGAAGAGGGAGGGAGCAAGGAGGGGAGGUUGUGUAACUUGAGUUCUCUCUCCUGAACUGCGAGUCAGCGUGGAACACCUGAACCUGAUAUGCCAACUGAAAUCUCCCACGCUGUGAGAAUGCAUGCCAUCUCCGGCUUCCAUUCCUCGCUGACAGUGCGGCUUCUCAACAAGGGUCCAGAAUACCUUCGCAGGCAAAUGGAGGCAGGAACCCCUGGCAGGAAGAGUGCUGUGGAACGACUGGCGGCAGAUAAGGCCAAGUAUGUAAAAAGCCAGCAGGUAAUCAGCACCAACCAGGAGCCCGUCACUGUACUCAGCUCAUCUUCUGAGAGCAGCAGUGAGAGCUGUUCUGUGGAAGCCAAGAAAGUCGUCAGCAAGAACUUGGGUGAAGGGGAAAGGGUUCACGCAGGGGAUUCUGGCCCGCUUGCCCUUGAGCAUGGCCUUCCCAUAGUGAGGCGCAGCAGUGCCAAGAGGCAGAUCAGACCCGAUUCCUUAGUGAUCUAUCGCCAGAAAUGUGAGUUUGUGAGAGGCCAAUGCAAUGAGAGUGCUCGUGGGAGUUUGGUCAGAAGACUGUUCCAGGGGUCCUUCAAGGAAAAGCAGCUAGCCCCUGAGGCAUCCAAAAUCAUCCUCAAGGAAGAUAUUGCACCUGAGACCGGAAGGGCUGGAUUGACUGAAGAUGCAAGCAAUAAGCCUGAUGUGGCAGGACAAAACACAUCCCCAAAUACAAGCCCAACAGCUGUUCUCACCAGCAGAUGUGAGAAUGCCUCAAAUCUGACCACGGUGCCUUAUGAGGUAAAAGAGGUGCGAAGGAGAGGUCUCCAUCGAUCCCAGUCGGACAUUAGUUCUCGAUAUUCAAAAUCUUUCUCUGAAUUUGACACUUUCUUUAAGUACUGUGGCCUUGAUCCUGAGGUAAUAGAAGACCUUGGCCAAGAGAACUUUUCUGUGGCUUCUGACAACGUCUCCUUCCGGAUCCGCAGCAUCAGUGUGGCAACCUCAGAAAGUGACUUCACGAGGCACAGUGGUGAUGAUGGACUACUGGAAGAAGAACUCACGGAGCAGGUCCCCACUGGCACCUCAGUGAUUGAACGCAAUGCUCGGAUAAUCAAAUGGCUGUACACAUGUAAGAAAGCCAAGGAGACUAACAAGGUGCUACAGGAGUUUGCAUGAGGACUGCCCAUUUGAAACUAUGGAGUAGCCAGAACUGAGGUGUUUACUGAGAGAGAAGCGAGCAAAACUGACUGUGGACUUGCAGCAGCCAUUCCUGUCCCUCCUCUACACCUGCGCAAGUGUGACCUGGAACACAAUGAUACUACAUUAAGGACUGAAACGGCAGACUGAAGUUGGGCAUCAAUCACAGUUACUGGGGAAGAAGGAACUACCAUGCUGAAGUGGGUGGAGAAGUCAUUGCCCCAUAAUGCAGUCAUUAACAAACUGAAGGAGACAGCUGGUUGAACACCUCAAUUUUUCUGAUUAUGAUUCUGCAAAGCAGAAAUCCUAUUAUAAUUACCUCUGAUGCUUGGCGAUAGAAGAUGGUUUCCCAGAAGGAUACUACUUGCCUGUGUCGCAAAUGUAUGUUUCUCUUUUGCUAUGUGGACAUGUAGUGGGAAGGAGCAUAUGCCCCUUGUGUAUGUACAGCAAAAUAGAAGUGUAUGAUUGCCUCCCAUUAACUCUGUUUAUGGAUUUGUCUUACAAGGGAGUGGCAUUUUGUAUGAAGUGGCCUUGAGGUUGGAAUGUCCUAUGACAGAGCUUUCACUACUUCCCAAGACAAUUAUAUUAAUGUUGGGUGUAUAUGGUUUAUCUAUUAUUCCAGAUCCAUGCAGAGAGAUUUGUACAAAAGGGGGCCUAUUAUGAAUAGCAGAAAAAUGCACUGGGAUUGGGAAGGGUUAGGUGUAGACAUAAGCCAGGCUCCAUCUUUCCAGCACCCCUUCCAACUUCAAUUUCCUUGCACCCAUGAAAAGCUACUCUUGAAAGUCAGAGAUGGUGACAUAAAAGCAGGGAUGCACAAAUUCAGCCUUCCAGCUCUUAGCAGUCUACAAUUUCUAUCAUACCUAGCCACAACAGCCAAAAGUCAGUGAUGAUGGGAGUUGGAGUCCAACAAGAGCUGGAGGGUUGAAGUUGUUUAGCCCUGCACUAAACAGGGAAAUUGGCAAGAUCCGUCCUGCCAUGCUUGGGUGGAAGCACUUCUUAUACACAGGGUUCUUUGGAUCCUAGCCAUAGGUCUUGACAUGGUUCUAAAUGGUACUUCAGACAUAAUGUAAGUGCACCUCGUUAUUAGAGAAGGCUUUUAAUAGCACAGCUAGGCUGCAAAGUAAAAUGUGUGGUCUAGACAGGACUGCAGGCACACAGCUGUCUGGGGUAGUUACAGUGUCUGAGAGAAGAUAGCUUCUGACUAUGGUUUUCCAAACUGGGUCUGCUCUGCUUCUUUGCCACUUGGGAGCGGUUGUCAUUUUUGCAACAGCAAGCAAGUGCAAACGUGUCUUCCCCUGUUAUAUCUUAUGCACACACACCUUUCCUGGCACUCCCUAAUGCAACACAAAUCCACAACAUGAAUUUUUACUGUUGGAAAAUUGAAAGCAUUGGCAUUUGGAUUUGUUUUUCUCCCCCCUCCUUUAAAAAAAAAAUGUUUUGUAACCCAACUUGCUACAGUCAAAAUUGCUGGAUUAAUUGACAUUUUGGUAUACCAUCGAAUUUCAGACCAGCUCCAAAAGGAACAGGUCUGAACAUUCCUUGGAUGAUCCAGCCAGGAAGUCCGAGCUUGACAGGCAUCGACUGGAAACACCAAACAAAGUUCACGCUGCAGGCAUGACAAAUGGAUACGCCAUCACAAGAUCAGGAAAAAAAGUUGGUCUCUUAUUCAUAAUCCUUGUCAGUGAAAGUUUAAAGUGUGGCUUGAGGCCUUUGGAUUAGGAUGGCUGCUAGAUGUUUUAAAAAUGUGUUUUAUUCUAAAAGGAGACUGCUAGUGCCCAAACCUCUCUGCUCCAUGAAACAUAACAGUGGCCCUAUUCCAAACAGACCAUCACUCCUAUGACUAGUUGUUAAAACGUUGCUCCAGCACCUAUGACUUGGGCAUUCUUCAAUCUCUGUUUUAGUCAGAGAUGACCUUCGGGGCAGUGUUUAUUUCCAAGGCAGUGGCAAAUCAUUUGAAUUGUGGAGAAGCUUCACUCUCUUUUGACAAUCCAUGUUAAUCUGCAGUUCUUGUUAUAAUGGGAGAAAGGACACUGUCUCCAAGAUGAAAGCCUUAGUGGACUGCUGGGGAUUUUUUUCACAACACUGGCUCUCAGACAAGUAUAGUAACUCAUGGAUUAAAGUAGAAUUUGUUUUUUAAAUUCCUGUUAGAGUCCAAUAAGGAGAGAGCUCUUUCCAGUUACUUGCCAUGUUGCACCAAAGAAAAGCUAAAUUUACUGAAAUGCAGACAGUGAAAAGCACCUAAUGAGCACUUUUGUAUAACUUUUGUUAGUCCUGUAAAAUCUUUUUCAUUAUAGAAAAUAAGAUAAUCAAAUGUGUUGAAUGAGAUACUUUGUUCACAUCAUCCUGCUUCCCAAAUCCCAUCAUCUGUUCCUGAUGCAGGAAUUUAAAGAGGGUUCUUGUACAGUAGAUUCCACUGCUCUGAUCCUGCAUUCUCUUAUGCAUAUGUCUGUACAAUAGAAGAGCAUCUCCCACCACUGAAAUUGGUGGGAACCAUUUUUCACAUGCACAUGUGUGGAAACUCUGUAGUGCAGGACUGUCUGCAUGAUGGUAAGGAUGAAAUAAUUCAUAUUUUAAUUUAUUCUAAUGUCGGGAAGCUAAACCAACCCUACAAAUGUUGAUUAACAAGCACAGUCUUAUACGCAGUUAUGAGUCACUAGGUAGAAGCUCUGCCUGCAAGAACUGCAGCCCUGCUUGUUUCACAUUGAGCUUUUCUCACGAGCAGUGAGAGAUGGGCAAGAGGGUUAGCAGGGAGGAAGCCUUAAAAAGCUUACCUCCCCGCAGGUGAUCGAGGGCUGCCUCUUUGGCAGGCAGAGCGUCCGCCAGACAAUUACUGGCUGCUGCCGCAUAGCUUAGGGGGCUCGGGUUGCCUUGACUCAUCGUCCCAUGUUGCUUCGCCACCCGGAGUGCCCAUAAUGCACUGCACGAGUAUGUUGGGGAUCCCCCUCCCCGGAGCUGGCUGGGAUCUCCCAGUCUGCCAGCCAUGGCUGCAAGCAGCCGCAGCUGGCAGACAAUCAGAAGAACAGGCUAAGGAGAGCGCUCACUCUCCUAACCUCAUUUCACAGGGUGGCUGCGGAGAUGGGUUUGCUGCUGAGGUGCCCCUGGGAUCGGGCCCGGUCCUGGCCGUACACAUGGGCAGGCAAAACCGGGCUGGGCUUCCUUAGCCCAGUUUUGCCUGCGCGUGUGAAUAGCUUCAUUAUGUGUCUAAUUAAAUGGUCUUUUAAAAAUGUAUAUAAGUGGUGUAGUUUGAAAGUAUUUCUCCUGGCCAAGAGGAAGCUUUCAAAAUGUGUACUGUGUUCUAUUCUGUGCUUUGUGAAACAAAUGUGUUCUUCCUCUCUAGUAAGAUUUUUUUUUUUAACAUCAUCAUGAGUGAUUCCUACCCCCUCCCAAAACUCUUAGUAUGAUGAGGGAUUACUAUGUUAUUAUUAUUAAUAUGGUAAGAGAAUACUCUUAAUAUGUAAGAUACCCACUGGUAUGCUGGCUUCCCCCCCCCCCCUCGCGAAUUGCACUUUCUGGGAUGAUAAUCUAGAAAUAUAAGUCCCUGUUUAAGAACA